CCCAGUCUUCCUUACCAGUUCUCAAUAAUUGAAGGAGGAGAAUUUAAGUCUAAUAGCGGGUAUGGAUCCAUUCAACGUAAAGAUUUCUGUUUGGUUUGUGUACUGGGAGAAGAAUUAACUAAUGGAGUGAAUGGACAUUCUGAUUCAGAAGAUGAGGAACAUGAUACUUCGAGUUCUAGUGAUUCAUUGGAUUCAUCCAAAGAAUUAAGUGGUUCAACAGGAGCUAUCAACAAACCACAAGAGUGUACUGGAGAAGGGGAAAAGAUGGAGGAGGAGAAAAUAGAGGAAUUAGGAAAAGAAGAGCAGGAUGAUAAUGAGCCAGUGUUUUCCAUUGGUAUAAAAAAGUUCAUGACAUAUUAUGGAAUACUCUAUUUUGAAGAAGAUGGAGAAGAAGACUUAUUAUUUAUAUUCACUGCUGCUAGGAAGUUAAAUGCUCUAUAUGAGUUUAUUAAGAAAGAACACUCACAUGCUCAAAUGAGGCAGAAUUUUUCUUUUUGUUUCAAAGAUAACGAUGGAUAUAUUGAAUUAAAGUUUGAUGUUCCACAAGAAAAACCAAUUACUGGAUGGAAUAUUCAGCCUCAUAUUAAACCUACCAAAUUGAAUCGUUUUGAUGUUAACAAUUUCGGUGAAUUAGGAUAUCCUAUUCCUCCAUAUUGCUUGAUAUCAGCUUAUAAAUCAACAAAUGCUGUUCCUACACUCCAUUAUGCUAUACCACUGGAAGGUGUGACUGAUCCUGUUACAUUAUAUAUUCAUAGAUCAUCAAAGAAUCCUUCAUCAUCAGUUAAUGCUUCCAUUUCAUCAUCAGUUUCCACAGCUACUGCUGCUACUGAAGCUAGUCCAAGAAAUGAAGGAGGAGGAGUGGGUGUAGGUAUUGACGUAAAAGAUGUUUGUAAAAAGCUAAAGAAAGUUUUGAUUAAUCAUCAUGUUGUUUUGUCAGAGAUAUUUCAGUAUUCUCUUGUUUCUAUAGCUAAUGAGCUCCUUCAGGUUGGUAUAAUAACUCGUGAAGUACAAAAAACAUCAACUUAUGAUUCUAUGGUUGGAAGUUUUACAUCUGGAUUGAGUUUAUACCACAAUCAUUCUGAGCUAGAAGAACAUUGCAUUAGGUUUUUAAAAGCUUUAUCAAAUGUUGGAGGACCAGUAAAUCAGGCUGCUUAUAUGAUACAAAAAGAAUGGGCUAAAGCAUUAGAUAGUGCAUUACUUUUUGAAUUUUAAGAUCUAUUUUAUUUUAAUAAUUUUUUGAAUAUUAAAAUUUUUGUGACCACGCCUAUUUAAAUGGCGGGGUUUUCCUUGUA